GUGAAGCAGCAAUGCAGGCGGCCAUAGAAGACAUGCGGGCCGGCAAGAAUCUUGUCAAGUCAGCACGAGAGCACUGCGUCCCGAAGACGACACUGUACUGUCGAGCCAGGCGGAUCGGCGCCUGCCACAGGAUUCACCGCAAGGGAUAUCCCAUGGAGCAGAUGAAUGGUGCACUGGAAGCUGUAGCAAAUGGUAGCAGCCUACAGUACGCGUCGACACAGUUCGGUAUACCGAAAACAGUGCUUUGGCGAAGGGUGAAGAAAGAAUUCGAGGAAAGAAAUAUGGCGGAAAUUGAACAGCUUUGCAGUGACUUGAUAACGCCGACUUCUGUCAAAGUGGUCCAUCCUGACGCGAAUACGGCCGCCGAGGAUAGUGUGUCGAUAAGGAGGGUGUCGCCUCAGUAUCAG